CUUCGAUUCUUCCCACACGCUGGACCCUACUCUUUGACAAAACUCGUGGAGAGAGAGAGUAGGAUAGUGAGUAGCGUGCCAGUCAGACGGGCUGACAACUACAUAGGUGACAAUCGAGUCUGAAAAGAAGACGGCGGCGUGGUAGCCGAGUAGUCUAAAACUCAGACGAAAAGACGUUAAAUCGCGCAGUCGCGCGCAAAUCCGAUAGUGGGAGGGAGGUUUUCGGUGCGAGCUGGUAGUUCGCGAGCGAGAUGUUCUUUCUACAGAGAUCUAUAUUGCCAUCCUGCAGCAGGAAUGGAGCCGGGACCUGGGCGCGGACGCUACCUCCUUCACAUCCUGCAUUCAAGGACAUUCAGCAAAGGGAGAUUCAUGAAAUAGCCGGUGACGUAGUACCCAUUAAUAUGGUUAAGGGUAUCGGUCAUCUCAGAGAUCCACGACUGAACAAGGGUCUGGCCUUUACGUUACAUGAACGGAUCUCCCUUGGAAUUCAUGGGCUUCAACCACCUAGAUUUAAGACGCAAGAGGAACAGCUGGCUCUCUGCAAAGCAUCCGUCAUGAAAUACACAGAAGAUCUGAACCGAUAUCUCUACCUCGUGGAACUUCAGGAAAGAAACGAACGGUUGUUCUUCCGUCUGCUGAGCGAGAACAUCGAGCAAAUGAUGCCGAUCGUCUACACGCCCACAGUAGGACUUGCCUGUCAGAAGUUCGGUGUCAUCUAUCGAAGGCCGCGUGGUCUCUUUAUUACCAUAUACGACAAGGGCCACAUUUAUGAAAUCCUUAAUAAUUGGCCGGAACAAGCUGUACGUGCCAUCUGUGUGACGGAUGGUGAACGUAUUUUGGGUCUCGGCGAUCUUGGAGCUUGCGGCAUGGGAAUUCCUGUUGGGAAACUGGCCCUUUACACUGCUUUAGCUGGCAUUAAGCCUCAUCAGUGUUUACCAAUUACUAUUGAUGUUGGUACCAACAACGAGACACUCAGGAACGACCCACAUUACAUUGGUUUGAACAAGCCUAGGAGUCAGGGUGCUGAGUACGAUGAGCUUAUCGAUGAGUUCAUGGCUGCCUGUGUCAAGAAAUAUGGGCAGAAUGUUCUUAUCCAAUUCGAAGACUUUGGAAAUCACAAUGCUUUCCGUUUUCUUGAUAAGUAUCGUGACAAAUACUGUACUUUUAAUGAUGAUAUUCAAGGUACUGCUGCUGUCGCUGUAGCAGGUAUCCUUGCUUCUAAGAGAAUCACUAAGAGGAAAAUGUCCGAUAAUAAGUUUGUCUUCUUGGGAGCUGGAGAAGCUGCUAUUGGAAUAGCAGAUCUCUGUGUUAAAGCAUUGGAAGCUGAUGGCUGUACCGAACAACAGGCAAGAGAUAAUAUCUGGAUGAUGGAUAUCGAUGGUCUCCUUGUAAAGAAUCGUCCAGAAGGUCAUUUAGAAGGUCACAAAGUCUGGUACGCAAAGGAUCACAAAGUCAUGAAGAAUCUUAUCGAUGUUGUCAGAGAAAUAAAGCCUACAGUGCUGAUUGGAGCAUCAGCAGCUGCAGGAGCUUUCACACCGGAAGUUCUGAAGGAGAUGGCAAAGAACAACGAAAGACCUUUGAUCUUUGCUUUGAGUAAUCCUACAAGCAAGGCUGAAUGUACUGCCCAACAGGCAUACGAUCACACCGACGGCAGAUGUAUCUUCUCAUCCGGUUCCCCGUUCGGCGACGUUCAUUAUAAUGGAAAAACGUUUAGACCAGGACAAGGAAAUAACGCAUACAUCUUCCCGGGUAUCGCGUUAGGCGUUAUCGGUACCGGUUGCCACCAUAUCACUGAAGAACUCUUCCUGAUAUCAGCCCAGGCUGUUGCAGAUCAUGUUAUGGAUGAAGAUCUUGAUCGCGGUAGUGUGUAUCCGCCACUGAACAUUAUUCGCGAAUGCUCCAUCGACAUCGCCUGCAGAAUCGCCGAUUAUGCUUACAAACAAAAUGGCUUAGCCAGCGAGUAUCCGGAGCCAAAGGACAAAAGGCAGUUUAUCAUGAGCAAAAUGUAUGAUGCUAAUUAUGGCAGUCCACUGCCAAAUCUCUAUGAUUGGCCAGGCGAUUCUGCGAAGCCUCGUGUUCUUCCAGAACAAACCACUUUACGAAUCCGUCAUGAUUUGAAACACCUGUAAUGAAAUUCACCGGCUGGUAAUCCCUUUAGUAUAAUUCUUACACUUAACGAUAGGUGUUUCGCCAUACAAAAUUCAUUGGCAAAUACAGUCGCGAUUGAGAUUCGCGAUCAAUUAGAUAUAAGAAAUUCAUCUCUGACUGUGCUUCUAAUUUAUAUAAAGAUUAUUCGCGGCUCAUAAGUAGCGGGAAUAAUACGUAUUACAGAGUACGAAAUCACCUAUUCAUACGUAGUCGAUGGAUUCGAGCGUUUAGAUAAGAAGAAAGAAAAAGAGUAUAAAAGAAUAAUUUAUAUUUUUCAUAUCUUAUACCAUGUGGCAAAAUUGUUAAAGUGCUUUUAAGUACAAAUUGAUUGCUUCGAUUUUACUUGACACUUGCAAGAGAAUAGGCUAAAGGCUAAUAACAGGAACCGAACCUGUGCAACAGGGAAUAUUUUAUCGUACAAAAUUUUCAUUGUCAAUUAUUUCUCUACGCAUUAACGGAUUUUAUCCGUAAGCGCGAAGUUUGGCCUUCACAGGUAUUUCAAAUUACGACAAUGCUUUGGCGGUGUCUACCAUUUCUACAAGACAUUGCGCUUCCACUGUUCAGGCUAUUCGACAGGGUAGCGAGGCGCCUUCUGACAGGUCUAUACUACACCCAUGGAAUAUCCUAAAUACUAUAUCCUAUCCAACAAAAGUAAACUUAAAACUUCAAAAAUUAAUAUAUCCAGUUGAAACAAUCCUAAACUCCAGAAACAUGGUAUUACAUGCAUGCUUUGUCCCAACCCACGUAAUACUUUACUUUGCAAUAUUUUCUAUAAAUAUUAUUGAUUAUUUUUAUCUGUUUCUUUUCUAUCUUUUUUUUUUAUUAGAAGCCUCUACCAUAAAUAAUGCGUAUAUUUCAAAUGAUCCAUUGAGAAAGAAUUUUUAAUUUGAGGAACACGUAUAAUAUUAAAUUAUUUUAAAGUGUAAACCAAUUUGUGAGUUUUCCUCGAAAAUGAUAUAUCGACAAUCAUUGCUAAAUUAAUAAUGAAAUCCCCGGGUCUUGCAUGCAACAGGGUAAUGUUUGAGAACUCAUUAAGAUAAACCACAUAAUUUAUAUAACUCGUUUGAAAUGUCUAUCGUUUCAAGUGCGAAACAAGUUUGACAAUUUAAUGUUAUGACGGUCUGGCCAAAAAAUCAAUUUUCGAACAAGAUUCUAAAGAAUCUUUCAAAAAUAUAAAAAUCUGUUACACUUCUUCUAUAAACGUGAAGUUUUUAAUUGAAAACAAUUCAAUUAACCGUCUUACAAUUAGUCAGACCGUCAACAAUAACAAUGUUAUAGAGUUAUCACUAACCGUGUUCUUCUCCCAACAGAUUAUUACGUGUUGGCGAUUCUAAAAGACAAGACGACCACUCACGCACACGUUAAUUAGACUAAAUUCGUGGGUUGAAAAUUGCAAUGUUUGGGGAAAAAAGAGAUAAUACGAUUAAGCCACGCGAUAGAAAUAAAUAUCUAGCUACAAUGUAAGUCUUAUCAAGAUCGCGUAUCGAUACUGUACUUAUUUAUUGUUAAUUUAAAGUACUGCCUAUGUAAUUUCAUCCAAAUGAGCUGAAUCGUGCGAGCCUGGUGCUCCGCCUCAUAUAUAUACACACACACACACACACACGUGUUAUAUAAUUUAAUGAUAGUCGUAAUGCUAAAAGAUACGAUUAAUUAAUUUAUUUUCAAAAUCUACAUCCAUCACGUUCUUCAUCCAUUCGCAGGACUGCAUACAGUACGAGUUGCAAUUAAUGAUUGUGCAUAAAGAUCGAGCAUUUACCCUAAAAUGUAUCAUAUUUCGGCAACGUUUAUUAUCAUAUUAUUUAUGAAAGGAAAGUUAUAUAGGGUACGUAGAGAGUUUAAUGUAUUAUUUGGCAUUAUUCCUCGCAAAAUCAUUUUAGGACUUUUAGAAUGACUCGGUAUCUAGAAAAAGAAUGAAUUAUUGUGCCCUGUUCAUAGAAACUACACGAACAGUAUGAACAACGUAUUAUUUUCUAUAAAUGUUAUUUGGUAAAUGCGACGAAGGGUUGGCAGUUUGUCAUUGGAGUAUUGUAACAGCAGUAUUUUUUGUACGUAUUGUCGAAGCGCAUCCCUGUACUGUAGUAAGUAAAGUGAUAUCAAAACACAAACUGUACUGAAAAAUCUAUCAAAUUGUUCCUAUUAUCUAAUCAAAUAAUAAGGAAUAACCGAACACAUCGAAUUGACUUGAAUUUACUGCCAUGUCAGACACGAUGAAAGGUUUCACUUACUUUUUUUCUUUGAAAUGCAGUACAGAUCGAUUGAUCGUGUUAAUAUCGGUACGCCAUAUGAAAGUACGUGGAAUGUCACCGAAUACAGUUCGUUGAUUAGAAAGUUUGUUGCUAAACUUCUAAAUAAAUGUUAUACCGUUCAAAAUGAAUAUUGAACAUAAUUUA